AUGCUCAACCUUUACUGCUACAAAGAGAUCAAAUAAAACAAAACAUAUCCACGUUUUAAAUUGGGAAUUUUGAGAACUUGUUUUAUUUUAUAAAACCGGAUGGAUGGACGUUAAAACUAUACUUAAAACUUUGGUUCCAAAAGCCGUUUGUGAAUUUGCAAACAUUAACCACACUUCCUGUAGUUUGCUCCGUGCAUUAGUUUGAAAGUGAGUACACGGACAGUGUAACUACAGUAAAUCCCAUGACAGGCUGACAGCAGAGCGUUUCCUAUCAGUGAAGGGUGGGGCGCCCUCAAACGCCUCUUUACAACAGCAACUUCACUCGCUGACCAAAACAGUGCAGCCAUCUUGCACGGCUCAUCGCGAGUGAGUCAAGUCUCAAUUCCGGGUGGUUAGUUUGUCGAAAACUGCGUUAUCUCUUCACUAAAAGUUAUUCGCUUCGAUACUGUAUCAGGCCAUAUAUUCAAAUGGCAAAAACACCUCGAAAGCAGCGUAAAAUUUGACAGAAAUGUUAAUUCUCCGCUACGAUGUUGUUCCAUGUCGUGCAUCCCUCGAAAUGACAGCUGAAGCCAUUGGUACCGCCUUUUAGAAUGACUGGCAACCAAUCACAGUGCGCCAUAAUCCCCCGCACUGAGACGUCGAGCUGUUCUGCGCAUGCGCAUCUUUGUUGUAAGCAAGAGUUGACAGGAGUAGCAAGUGAAAGUGUCAGAGUCUUUUCACAUCACACGCAAGAUUGUUUGUGCUCCUUCCGAACAAGUUGAAGCUCUGGGGGUCUCAUCAUACACAGCGAGGUCCCCAUGGUUCAACUAUGGACUCAACGACGGCCAGCGCGGACUCCACCACUGGAUGUGACCCUGGCAAAGCACUUGUUGAUGGUGGCGGUGCAACAUCUCUCCCAAAUCACCAGGGGAAAGUAGGCUCAUACUUAGUGCAGACUUUCAAUGGGAGCCAAACUAUGAACUCUCACGAUCCAGGAAGCGCUGCUGCCCCUCACGGGGGAACAGUGACGAGUGGCGGUGCUAACAGUGGCGGUCCAGCAGCUGUCAACAGUGGAUCAGUGUUGUCCAGUAAAGGGCUGCCCGGUCCAAUUAUGCCCCCCGCGUCAAACAGUGUCAUCCAGACUCCUCUUAUGAACUCGCAGAGUGUUGUGGUUUCAACUCAGCCUGCAAGCCAGACGACGGGACCCACCGUGACACUGGUCAGGCCGCCUGUGCACACCACAACUCUGAACGGAAAUAAUAUCGUUGUGACGGCCACCAACACGGCAUUGCAGUCAGUUGUCGGCACUCAACCUCCGCUUGUAAACAACGGUCAGUCGUCCACUUCUGUGACUGUUAGCGCACGACCGCACAUUAUCAAGGCAGAGCCGCCCACGACGUUAAUACAGUCGGCAUUGCAGACGACUGUUACCCCAGGGGCCGUAAGCACGCCCCGGAGUCCAGCCACAGUAACCGCCAGUCCUGGUGGGAUCCGAACUCUGACGCCUCAGAUGUUGGCCCCAAGACUCCCCCAGACUUCCCCAGGACAGCCCAGCAUACAUAACAUUCAGCUGCCCCCGGGGAUGGUGCUCGUACGCAGUGAGAGUGGACAACUGCUCAUGAUUCCUCAGCAGGCUCUGGCCCAGAUGCAGGCUCAGGCCCAAGGAGGCAUAGCACCUCGGACCGCUACGCCGUCAAAUGUUUCUACCGGUCAGGCUACGGGGAACAUUAACAGACAAGUAGCUCCUAGCGCCAUCAUACGGCAGGGCUGCGCAGCUCCAACAACACUGGCUGCCACCACAACGCUCCACAGACCACCCAUUCUCCAGAGCUCUGUGGGGGUUUCUCCAGGACUAACUCCCCGGACUGUAACCCAAACAGCUGGGAGCACUGUUACUACAACAACAGUCAGCAAAGAGACAAUGGAGAAUGUGAAAAAAUGUAAGAACUUCCUGGCUACGUUAAUAAAACUGGCGUCCACUGGGAAGCAAUCGACAGAAGCGGCACCCAUCGUGAGGGAGCUGGUCAAAGACCUGCUGGAGGGGAAACUGGAGGCUGAGGAAUUCACCAGCAGAUUGUACAAAGAGCUCAAAUCUUCACCACAACCUUACCUUGUGCCUUUCCUCAAGAGAAGCCUUCCAGCCUUGAGGCAACUCACACCAGACUCUGCAGCGUUCAUCCAGCAGAGUCAAGCCCCUCAGACAACUGCAAGCCCUGUCUCCUCUCCUUCACUGACCCCGGCCACGGUGACCACAGUUGUUCUGAGCAGCCCUGCUCCUCGGCUCACCACCCCAAUCAGCAGGCCUCAGCUACAGCCAGGCAUCAGCAAACCAGGACUGACCCCCACAAUGGUUCUUCAGCCUCAGCAGCAGAGACCAAUUCUGCGACCUCAGGUUAAUUUCCCAACACCUUCAACCCCCAUGGUGACGCUCAGGAACCAGGCACCCAGUCGCAUUAUGUUGGGACAUCAGCAGGUCCAGCUUAAGGAGCUGCAACCAGUCACUACGAGGCCAGAGUUACCAUCACAAGUCCCUGCAGCAGCCUUGACUCCAGCAAACAAAAACAAGCUGAAAGAGGCCGGGGGCACUUUUAAGGAUGAUGAUGACAUCAAUGACGUAGCCUCUAUGGCAGGAGUGAACUUAUCAGAGGAGAGCGCAAAUAUCCUGGCCACCAAUUCUGGACUAGUAGGAGUGGUGACACAUUCCUGUAAAGAUGAAGCUUUCCUGUCCUGUGCCCUCCUACAAAGAAGGAUGUUGGAGAUAGGGAGGAGACAUGGUGUGACGGACCUGGGCGCAGACGUUGUGAAUUUUGUCUCCCAUGCUGCUCAGCAGCGUCUCCAAAACCUGCUAGAGAAUGUUUCCCAAGUGGCUCAGCAGAAAAAUGUCAGCUUCAAGGAGGAUCACAACUGUGAGCAGAGCAGCGAUGUCCGUGCUCAGCUCAAGUUCUUUGAGCAGCUUGACCAGUUAGAGAAACAGAGGAAAGAGGAGCAGGAGAGGGAGAUCCUCCUGAAGGCAGCUAAGUCCCGAGCUCGGCAGGAAGACCCUGAGCAGCUGCGUCUGAAACAGAAGGCAAAAGAGAUGCAGCAGCAGGAGCUGGCUCAGAUGAGACAGAGGGAGGCCAACCUGACUGCACUGGCAGCCAUUGGCCCCAGGAAGAAGAGGAAAUUGUUGGAUUCUCCUUCCUCCUCUGCUGUAGCCGAGGGAUCAGGAACAGGUUCCUCUUCAUCCGUCGGAACUGGUUCGUCUGCUUCCAGACCCACACGGCAGCGCAUCACUCGCGUCAAUCUCAGGGACCUCCUCUUCUGUUUGGAGAAUGAGAGAUUUACCAGUAGCUCUCAUUUCCUCUACAAGGGCUUCCUCAAAUAGGUUUGAUGUCAGUGAGGAGCAAGAGUGGGCUCAGCAGCAGCAGCAGCAGCAGGAGCAGACGAAGUAUGAGGAGAGGUGAGAGGCAGGGGAGUGAAGAGUGUGGAGAGACCAGCAGCUCCCACCACACAGAGUGCAUAAGAGACUCUUCAGUAUGAAGAGGAAAAAAGAAGUGACUUGGCUCAUUUCAAGGUUUUUCUGAUAAAACCUGGUGACCUGAAAAAGCAUUAGUAGCUAAUUAAGUCUGAUACCAUGUCUCUCUCGCCUCAAAUAACGCCUAUUUUCUGUCACAGUAGUGGUGGAUUGACGGCCCUUUAUCAGCUCUCGCUGAGGUAUUUUUACAAAAAAAUUAUAUAAAAGGGGGUUUUUGUAUGAAGAAAUGGAUUUUACCACCACAAACUUCUGCACAGUAACGUUUAUUUUCUGAUCGUUUAUAUGUGCGGCAAACUGUAAAGCAGUGGAAAAAAAUCAUCUUUUAUUAGACCACCGACUAAUUUUUAUUGUCUUUGUUCAGUUGUUGACUAAAAUAGUUUGAGCUCCAAACUGUAUAACCUACUGAGUUGCCUUCCUAAAUCUUAAGCCAUAUAGUCACCCUGACACAAAAAUCCCUGCUGUAUCUAUAGCAGUAGCGCUCUCUCUAUCUCUAUCUCUCUCUCUCUCGCUCGCUUUCUCUGCCUCUUUCUCUCUCUCUGUCUGUCAUCUUCUGUACUUUUGAUUUUUCUCUUUUUGGCAUAUUUAUUCACUAAACUCAGUUUUAAAUUAAUGUUUAGUUAUUUAUUUAAUUUCCUGUGACACCUGAAGUGGUCUAUGUAGCUUAAUUUUUAAAAAAGAGAUUUUGUGGAGUGUAUAAUUUUUACUUUUUUUUGCCAGAGGUGUGGUCUUUUUUUUGUUAAAUCUGAGUUUUCAAGUAAGUCUGACAUUUAUUCUUUUCUAAACUUUCAGUGGGUUUCUUUAGGCUCUACUGUUAUACCAAACAUACAUCUACCUGAAAGUGAUUCUAUUUUUGUAGAAGCCCCACCAACACAUAUUUCUACUCUUGUAAUAGUGACUGACAUUAUCCUCAAAUCAUUUCCUUAACUUCUUCUAUUUUUGUGUGCUACUGGAUGCCACCGUAGGUUUUUAGUACCUACGACCCAAGAAACUUGAGUUUCUUCAUGUAUAUUUGUAAAUGUUACAGCAAAGAUUUUACACAAGGUUUUGUAUAGAAUUCAGAAUAUACCCACAUUAUACGGGGAAAAAAUCUCUAUGAAAGUUUGAAUAAAUAAUGAUUUUACAGUA